CACACGGGAGCCGCUUCUUCUUCUUCUUCUUCUCCUUCUUCUUCUUCUCCUUCUUCUUUUUCUUCUUCUUCAGCCCAGGCUUUUCUCCGGAUCCUCGCGCUCUCAAUGUUUGUUUAUCUCCGCGGGGUUCGUGUGGUUCUGGACCGGAACCAGGCAGACAGGCAGGCGGGCAGGCGGGGGACUUGAGGCGGGAUGUCGGCGCUGAAGGAGAGGCAGUGUUACGGAUUGUCCGGCGGCGCGCUGAGCCGCGGCGCUAACAUCUCCGUGUUUCACGUCAAACUCACUGACAGCGCGGCAAGAGCCAUUGGCUCGUUUCAAAACGGCAAGGGUCGAUCUUCACAUCCCACCAUCUGCUUCGAUGGGAACCAAGGGAGAAUCGCCAUCCCUUGCUCAGACAAAGGAGAUGAAUUGAGGCUAUUCACCUUCGGCGUGACUAACGUCGCCCAGGACAAUCCACACGGGAGCUUCGACUGUGUCCAACAGCUCAGUGCUGGUUCUGCAGAGGAGCUGUCAUGUCUCGGGGUGAUUCAGAAGAAGAUGACGGUCAAAGCUACAGAUGACUCGUAUGAUAAAGCUCGUCAGAGCAUGGCCCAGGCUGAGGAGGAGACUCGCAGUCGGGGAGCCAUUGUCAUCAAGCACGGGGGGCGCUACCAGGGCAAAAAGGUAACGGUGCGAGCCCCGGCCCCUGCGCUGGCCAGCCUGACCAAGCCCCGACACUCGUCCCGGCCUCUCCUCAGCAGCAUCACCAGGGGGGUUGGCGCGUCGAAGCCAAAGAAGGGCGUCUACGCUUCCAACAGGAAGAGCGCGGGAGACUUGCAGGAGCGGCCGCUCAGGGACAGAGUAACGCAUCUGCUGGCUCUGAGGCCGUACAAAAGGCCUGAGCUCAUCUUGAGGCUGCAGGCAGAUGGACUGACAGCAGGAGACAAAGACAUGCUCGACUCUGUAAUGAUGGAGGUCGGCCAGCUAAAUACUCGAGACAACACUUUUGUUCUAAAGGACGGUCUGUAUAAGGAGCUGCAGAAGGACUGGCCAGGCUACACCUCCGGAGACCAGCAGCUUCUGAAACGAAUCCUUGUCAGGAGACUUUUUCCGCCACAACAGAACCUCCUCACCGUCCCAGAAGCCCAGGUCAGUCCACUGCGGGACACGCCCAACUCCUCCCCGGCACACCGUCCAAAACUAUCCCUACCAGAGGAAUACACCGACCCCCUGGCGAGCAAGAAGCCCAGGAUAUCUCACUUGUCCAGCAAAACGGCCAGCGAGAAGUCCAGAUUGAGGCCAUCGAAACAAGCGGCUCAUAAAGACAUCACAGAGCUGACGGCGACUGACGGUCAGAAGAACUUGCUCGAUCCUCGAAGGCUUUUUGACUCCUUGUCUGCAGUGUGUCAGCAGGAAGCAGAAGUGACCAAGAGGCUGGAGCCACCACCCUGUGCUCAGGAGGAGCCCGAGGCCAAAGCAGAGCACCUUCCACCCAAAUCUGCUCGUCCUUCGUCCCCGCUGAUGGUGCCUGAUCUCAACAGACACACGAUUAAAAGGAAGAAGAGCAAACACAAACACAGAGAUCAGGAGAAGGACAGGAGGAGGGACAGGAAAGAGAGGAAAAAAGAUGACAGUUCGGAGAAUCCAAACAAGAAAGUGUCCCCAGACUGCACAGAGCCAAGUGAUAUUUUAUUCGAAACUAAUGUGCUCCAAGCGGACAGUGACGCAGCAGACUAUCUAUCGACGUAUACGGGCAUUCGCAGUCAUGACCAGAGACAGAGCUACAAGCAGGACUUCAACAGGGAGUACAACGAGUACAGAGAUCUACACGCUCGCAUCGACGGCGUGACGCGGCAGUUCAUGGAGCUGGACACGCAGCUCAAACAGCUUCACCACGAAUCACAUAAGUACAAGACGGUUCAUAAUAAAAUUCUUCAAGAGUACUGCAAGAUUAAAAAGUCUAACCCCAACUACCACCAGGAAAAGAGUCGCUGUGAGUAUCUACACAACAAACUGGCCCACAUCAAGAAGCUCAUAUCAGAGUACGACCAACAACAGCUCAGUGUAGAACAAUCAAGUUGCAACUGAACUGCAGACUCAUGAACUCAGUGUACAAUAAUCCCCCCGAGGCAGGGGAGGUUCACGCUGCUGAACUGGAAUCGAUGAACUUCGCGGCUGAACGUCGUCUCACAGGACCUGCUGGAAAUGUCAAAGGGGUCGUGAGUCUUUUUGUGAAGAACAACAGUGGUGCGCUGGGAAAAAGCAGCCCUAUGAUAUGAGAUCCUUCCUCAGAAGAGGCGAAGUUUCUUUGACAGAAUGGUUCGACCGAUGAGCUGCUGCCACGGUGACGUGAUGCUGCCAAGGACACAAAGAGGAGCGAUAGUGUUACAAAGGCUCUUAAUGUUGAAAGUCUCACUCAAAAACUGCAACCAGACACACGUGGAGAUGAGGUGCAACGCCUGCAAACAUUUGUAGAUUCCCAUCACCAUAGUUCUUUUGUCAAUUAAAUCAGUUUGGAUAUUUGCUUAUGUGUUAGCCAUGUCAGUGUUAAAGCUGGAUGCAUGAUGUCACUGCACGCCGUACAUGCCCAGACAGCUAUGAAUGGCUGAUGAGCCGCCUGAUGGCAGCUGGGAUGCAGAUGUUCACAUCCUGAGAAGACAUCUGUUCUUUGGGUUUUCCUGAAAGUGUUGCCAGUGCCUGAAACGGUUACUUUUCCUGGACUGGAUUCAUUGUAUUCUGCUGGUGUUGUCCUUCAUGUGGCUUUCCUGGAGCACGGAAGACUGUUAAGUUGGACAUAAUGCUAACUCGGAGUUGUAUUCAGGGAAUUUACAGUAUGAAGCUGCAGUCAAAGUGCUUAAAGUUAAAAAUGAUUUUUGAUUUAUCAGUACAGAGAGUUACUGUAACUGUAGGCUGAGCCUGUGAAGAGAAAUAAGGUUUUGUUGCAUGCUGUGUACUUUACAGAAUGCAUGAGGAGUAAAUCAGACGUUUUGUCAGUUUCAAAUAAAUUCAUUUGUAUGAGCUUUA